AUGGCCAUCGGCGGUGCCAAGAUGACGCGGCAGCAGUCCGCCGCGGAAAAGGCAUUGUAUGACCAGACCGACCUGCUGCCGAAAAAGAAGCUCGUCAUUGUCUUUGCAACCCUCGCCCUGACGCUGCUGAUCACGUUCAUCGACCAGAACGGCAUCAGCGUCACCCUCCCGACCAUUGCCCGCGACCUCGAUGCCCAAAACACCAUUUCUUGGGCCGGCACCGCGUCUCUGAUCGCCAACACCACCUUCCAGAUGCUCUACGGCCGCCUGUCGGACAUUUUUGGCCGCAAACGCGUGUACCUGGCCGCCGUCGGCUGCCUGGCGCUCGCCGACUUGCUGUGCGGCCUCUCGCGCAGCGGACCCAUGCUGUAUGUGUUUCGGGGCGUGGCCGGCAUCGGCGGCGGCGGCGUGACGAACCUCAGCAUGAUCAUCGUGUCGGACGUUGUGUCCCUCGAGCAGCGCGGCUUCUACCAGGGCAUCAUUGGCGCGUGUGUCGGUCUGGGCAACCUGGCCGGCCCAUUCUUGGCGGCCGGCCUCACCGCCCGGACGACGUGGCGCGCCUUUUUUUACCUGCUGGCGCCGCUGGGCGUGGUCGUCGGGUGCGUGGCGGCGUACAUGCUGCCGUCCAACCCGCCCCAGGGCGGCCUGCGCGAGAACGCGCGCAAGAUUGACUACUGGGGCCUGCUGUCGGCGUCGGCGGCCGUGAUCCUCGUGCUGAUCCCCGUGAGCGGCGGCGGCUCGUACUUCCGGUGGGACUCGCCCAUGGUGAUUAGCAUGCUGGUGAUCGGGGCGCUGCUGUUUGUGUUUUUUAUUGUCGUGGAGCUGCGCAUCGCUCAGCUGCCUAUGAUGCCAAUGCAAAUCUUCAAGAGCCAUGUCAUCACGGUGCUCAUGGUCCAGAGCUUUCUGCUGGGCGCCGUGUACCAGAUCUCGCUGUACUACCUGCCGCUGUUUCUCCAAAACGCACGGGGCUACACCAUUAUCGAAUCGGCCGCGUUCGUGUCCGCCAUGGUCCUGGUGCAGUCGUCGUGCUCCAUCCUGUCGGGCCAGUACCUGUCGCGCAUCAAACGCUACGGCGAAGUCAUCUGGUGCGGCUUUGCUUGUUGGACGCUCGGCGCCGGCCUCAUGCUCCUCAACACACGCACCACCAGUGUCGCCGCCAUCGUCGUGCCGCUCAUGCUGGUGGGCGCCGGCCUCGGCAUGACCCUCCAGCCCACGCUCGUCGCCCUCCAGGCCCACACCACCAAGGCCCGCCGCGCCGUCAUCAUCUCGGUGCGCAACUUUUUUCGCGCCACCGGCGGCGCCGUCGGUCUGGCCGUGGCGGCGGCCGUCCUGCAGGCGGCCCUGCGGGCGCACCUGCCCGCCGAGUACGCCUACCUGGCCAACAACGCCUUUUACCUGCCCACCAGCUUUGCGAGCACCGCCGCGCGGGAGGCGGUCCUCGACGCCUACAUGGCCGCCAGCCAUGCCGUCUUCCUGCUGCAGGUGCCCCUCAUCGGCCUCUGUUCGCUGAUGUGCAUCUUUGUCAAAGACAAAGGCCUGGAGCCCACGGACGUGCGCGAGGCCAAGAAGAAGGCGGCGCAAGAGGGCGCGACGGGGAGCGACGGCCACGGUGGAGUGGUCCCGGUGCCGGUCGCGGCAAGAGACGGCGGUGCACAUGCAGAUCUCGAGGCCAACGAGGUCGAUUUGGACGAGACGCCGCCGUCCGGCGAAGACAGCAAUCAGGCAGCUGGCCACGAUCGGCCGGGCAACGAGAAGAGAAGCCUGCACGACGUACCCAAGGGCGAAACGUCCAAGGCGGAUGCCGCGGUGCUUGUCUGUCCAGGGGCCUCGGCCGUCUUACAGCUGGAUCCGGCCCCGCGAAAAGACGAGCGACAACCACCCCAGAAUCAGGCACAGCCCGCCCACCGGCGUCACGGGCCCCAGAGCCUGGAACCGCUCCGGGUCGAGCACCAGCGCGUAGAUGCUGCCGCUGAACAGGGUCAUGCCCGUCGCGAAAAGCGACGAGGCCACCGGGUGGCCCCGCGCCGCCAGCAUCGCCACAGAGUGCGCCAGCUGGUAGUGCGCCGCCGUCGACCACGUCGCCAGCUUGGCCGGGUCGCUGACGCGGUUCUUGAGCCCGUGCGCGCCAAACGCGCCAAGCGCGACAGCCGUGGCGCCGUACAGGGCGCCAACACGCCAGAAGAACAUGCUGGCCACGGCCAGGUGGCGGAGGUGCUGCUGCUGCUGGCGCUGUUGGGCUGUGGAAGACGCGAGGGACCGCCGGGCGCAGGUUCGGAGUGCACAGAGAUGAGGAGCGGCGUUUCUUCGUCCCUGGUGUUGACGUUGUGA